UAACGCUAAUCUACUCACAUCGGUAUUGACAUAUAACGUGACUUCCUCUGGUAAUACAUUAGACCAUGAGGAAACAAAUCUGCAUUUUAGCCUUAACAUUAGGCGUUCUGAGCGUCUGUGCACAAAAUUCGGACGGUAAAUAUAGAAUAUGCGUGACAGAAAGACAGGCAACAACAAAUGACUGUGACAAAUUAAAAAAAACUGAAAGCAAAUUCAACUGCGUGAGAGUUAUUGACAAUACUGACUGUGCUCUGAAAUUGGAAAGAGGCGAAGCAGAUUUUGGAAUAUUCACAGCUGAAGAAGCUAUUUUGGCAUCAAAAUUCGAUACCAAACAGCAGCUAGUGGUAAUUGGUGAUAUUCGAGACUCCAAAGAAGACAAAAAUGAUUUUCAGUUUGAAACUGUUGCAGUAGUUAAAGAAAAUUUUCCUGGAUCUCUAAAGGCCUUAAAAGGGAAGAAAUUUUGUCACCCAGGUUUCAGCAAGUCUCAGUUAUGGAGUGACAGAGUACUCAAGCAUUUUGAAAGAGUGGUCCUGACAAGCACUAACAGUGUUAGCUGUGAUGAAUCUUCAAGGACAGCUGCUGAAGAUGAACUCAGUGCUUUGUCAUCUUUCUUCGAAAGUGCAUGUCGUCCUGGGGAAUGGGUACCCAGUGAUCAUUUGGACAAAAGAUUUAAGAGGAAAUAUUCAAACCUGUGUAAUUUGUGUGAUCCAGCUGCUGGAUGUUACCAUAAACCUCAAAUGGAUUCCAGUGGGUAUGCUACUCUUGACUGUCUCACAAAGAAAGGUGGUGAUGUUGCUUAUGUAGCAUACUAUUCUGUACAGGAAUACUUUGGCCGAACUCAUGGAAAUUUAAACAAUGGGCCAGAGCAUUAUAGGUAUCUGUGUCCAAAUGGAACUCUCCAAAAUGUUAUCUCAAAUGAGAGACCCUGCAAAUGGAUUCAACAGCCAUGGCGGUCCAUAAUUGUUAAGGAUAAUCAAACUUCCAAAGAUCUAAUGACACAAUUACAGAAAAUUGUUCCCACAACAAAAGCAAGGCGUUCACAUACAUGGAUGGACACUGUGAAUUAUAUCAUAACUGGAAGUUCGAACAAGCUGCACAUAAUGGAAGCUUCCCUCAGAUCUUUCAUUCAAAAAGGCCGGGAGAUUCCACAACCGGGCAACACAUUGCCUUGUCGUAAACCAAUUAAAUGGUGCACAACUUCUAAGAUAGAAAAUAAUAAGUGUGAAUGGCUGCGAGAGGCAGCACUAACUCAAGGAAUUGUUCCUGAUUUGCAGUGUGUCCAAGGAACAAGCCACUUAGAUUGUUCUGAUAUGAUUAGAAGUAGAAAAGCUGACAUUAUUGGUAUUGACUCUAAUCUAGGACCCAUAGCUAGUCAUUCCUACAAUCUCAGAACUGUAAUGUACCAAGAAACUAUAGAGGAUGGACACUUCAAGGUUGUGGCAGUGAUUAAUUCUAGGACUGGAGCAGCUAAUUUGACAGAACUGAAGAAUAAGAAAGCCUGUUUCCCAGAGUUUGGAGGAUUAGCCUGGAUUGCAUGUCUGGAAGCAAUCAGAAAUUCAUCAGUACCAGAAUCUGAAGUGUGCCCAUAUGAUGACUCAAUGGGCACUUUCUUCAAAUCUGUCUGUGCUCCAGGAUAUAAAAAUCGAAUUACUGGCCCUCGGGACACUGGCGAUUUUAGAGACUUGUGUUCUCUCUGCAGUGAAGUGGGUGGUAAAAAUGACAAUAACUAUGUUCCCUUUGUUGGUGAUGUAAGUUGUGCUGCAACAAUUAGAAACAAAUUCUAUGGUGACCUUGGGGCAUUACGUUGUUUAGCAUCUGGAUAUGCAGAUGUUGCAUUCGUGAAUGCAUACAAUCUUUCAGAUAUUUUACGUGAUAAAAGCUUGUCUGAAGAUUUUUCACAGAAGCAUAGCAUUGUGUGUCAUAAUGGAACAAAAAUUCCACUUACUGCCAUUCCAGAUGAUAACUGCGCACUGACUGUUGUUACUGGCGGAGAGUUGGUUGCAAGAGGAAGUCGGUCCACAGCUGAAUCAAAAGAACUCUAUCUAACACUGCUUGAGCUGGAUGAAUGGUUUGGUUCUACCGAAAACCAAUUUUGGAACAUCUUUCAUUUAUAUAAAGAAUUUAACAACACAAAGGACCUUCUCUUCAGGGGUGAAACCCUUGGCAUUCUAGAAUUAUUCAUGAUAAAUGAAGACAGAAGUGUACAAACUUAUGCAGAUCUGAAGACCAACAGUGAAAAAUGUAAACAUCCAAAAAAAGAAUCAGGAGCUAAAGAGAAAGAAGUAGGGAAAAUAGGGCUAUUACUCAUGCUGAUAAUGAGUUGCCUGUUAUUCUGAAGACUGAGUUAAUUGCUUGAAAGACAAACAGUGGAAGGUUAUUAAUAACUAAGAUUAAAGUAGGAAACUAUCCUGACAGGAGACUUUAGCUGAGUUAUUAAAUUAGCAAGUUAGUUUAGAAUGUACACUACCUUAUUCAAUGAAACCAUUAGAGAGUCACUCACUUUGCUCUUUAAACUGUUAGCAUUCUUAAUGACAAUCAAAGCAUUGAUGAUAAAAAUUAAAGCUUGAAGUAAAUUUUGAUUUAGUCACCAGGUGUUAAGUUAUUUUUUCAUGGCUACAUUUUAAUAUCAUACUGUGUGACAGAUAUUGUUUUGAAUUGAUUUGAAUAAUUGUUUAAUUACAUUUUCUUUACAUUUUGUUUAUUGUGUCAGAUAUUAAGAUGUAGCUGGUUCAAGGUCAGCCUAGAAAGAGGAAAAGCAGGAUUAUUCAUGCUUCCUCUUGGAAUUGUGCCAUUGCAAUAAUUGUAGUUAAUUAUGAUCGAAUUUGGAAUGUAGUUGUCUCUGUUAAAAAUUGUUUUCUGACACAGGCAUUUUCAUAUCCUCCAUGUUUUUGUAAAUUCUCUUGCAUACACUUGGCAUUAUUGUAUAUGAUAUAUACUAUAUAAAUUGUUUCAUGUUUCAAACUUUUUAGUAAGGGAGAUAUUUUCCAAUAAGAAAGUGCACUACAAUUGUAGACAUAUUUUAGACAAAGCCUAGUGAUGCAUUGUUUUCAACGUGUGUGUCAGGUUUCGAACUCGUGCUUCUUACGAGGGUUUUGGGUCUAAAUUAAGUCUUAUAUUAUUCAGGCACUUGGUAAAAUGUUGAUUCAGAGAAGUUUGAAGGUAUGAACUGUAAUUUAGUUGAAAUCAUUAUGAUCUGGAAGAUUUUGCAGUAUAUAAUUAACAGCUAUUGAUUUUUUGCAAAUAAACUGAGAAAUAUGUCAUCCUAUAGCUCAGAAAUGACUGUAUUACAAUUUGUAAAGUGAAUAAAUGGCUGUAAUUAUCUGGUGGAA